GUGUUCUGUGGCGAUGGAGAGCCCUUCUACAGUCAAACAGCCAGACCAAGAGGAUCCCAAGAAGGAGAGGACAGACGGAGAGCCGGGUGAGAACAAGGAAGAAGAAGAGAGACCACAGGUGAUGGACAAUGGAACUACAGUGGUGUCUGACUGUAAGCAGAUGGCCAGUGAAUCCAGUGUUUCCUACACGCUGGGGAAGGAGUUUUUCCUUAUCGCUGGUCAUGAAAUCUGCAUCAGAGAGUCUCUGGACUCCUAUGGCGCCCUUGUCUGGCCAGGGGCGGUGGCUCUGAGUCAGUUCCUGGAGAAUAACCGGCAGCAGGUGAAUUUCCUGGAUAAAGCGGUACUGGAGAUUGGAGCAGGGACAGGUUUACUAUCUAUUGUGGCCAGUCUUCUGGGUGCCUGGGUAACAGCCACCGACCUGCCCGAAAUCCUUCCCAACCUGACCUUUAACCUCUCUCGGAACUCCAAGGGCCGCUGCCGCUAUACGCCCCAGGUAACUGCCCUCACCUGGGGUCACGACCUUGAGAAAGACUUCCCCAGCACUUCCUGUCACUAUGACUACGUGCUGGCAGCCGAUGUAGUGUAUCACCACAACUACCUGGAGGAGCUGCUGGCGACCAUGCACCACUUCUGCAAACCAGGAAGUGGCACCACGCUGAUGUGGGCCAAUAAGGUGAGGUUCCAGUCAGACCUGAAGUUCACAGAGAGAUUUAAGAGUUGUUUUGAUACAACACUGAUGACAGAGCUAAAGGAGGGAGACGUGAUGAUCUACAAGGCCACGGCACGAGAGUGAAGAGAGGAGAGGGGGAGAGAAUGGAGAGACCAGGGAGUAGAGGAGACUCAGAGGAAAAGUGUUGAGCAAGAGAAAGAAGAGAUUGUUCUCCACUGUGGAUGGAUGAAACAUGAGCUCACUACAGACUGCCUGGAGCCCACUGUGUGGGUACAUUCACCUCACCAACACACACUAUUAUUAGACAGACAACAAAAGCAGAUUCUGGGUUUCAAGGACAUUGCUGUGAGCUACAUUAUAUUUACAACCCGUGUCCUGCAAAAAAUAACAGAAACCAAAAUGAAUCUAAACCAUGUGACUUU